AUGUCAAGCCCAGUUAUUGAUCCUUUCAAAUUAAGAACAUACGGUCUUAAGAAACCAUUAGAUGAAAAAGAAGAUAAGAUUAAUAAGCUAUUGGAGGAAAACAAGCGUUAUUACCCGACUGUCAAGAAUGGUUAAGUUGAUGAAUGGGGUGCAGUCAUUAAGCAUUAAACUGAAUAGUUCUAACUCGGCUAGCAACUAGCUCAAUAGCAAGAUAAGUUUCAAAAGAAAGCAUAUUAAGAGGAGUUACAAAAAGAUGUUGAGCGUAAAAAAGCAGAGCAGGAUUUAUAGCUGCAAUUAAAGCAAAGAGAACUUGAGAUUUAAAGAGAGUAUAAGAGAUAGUAGGAUGAGAAGAUGUAGUUUUUAAAGAAUCAGGAGCACAUGACUAAAGCAAGUGUCAAUAACCUCAACCGAAGAUAAAUGAGCGAAGUCCAUCAGAGAUCUCUCUAAGUAAGAGAUCUUGAUCGUGAAAUGGGUCAGAAAAUAGCUGAUGAGGCUCAAAGGGAAUAGAGGUAAUAUGAGGAUCUGAUGAGACUCAAGAAGGAAACCUUUACCAAGCAGUUUCAGGAUGACUAUUAAGAAAAGUAAAGAUAGAGGCAGAUUGAAUAACUGUAAAAAGAAUAAGAAAAAGAGGAAGCAAGGAAAAUGCAGGAUUAUAAUGGCUAGAAGUAAAUGCAAAACCAGGUUGAAUUCAGAGAUAGAAUGAGCAAGUUGAAUGAGGAAGACAGAAUCAAGCAAAACAUCUAUCAAAGAAGCAUCAAUAUGUCACCGAAUAUGAAGAACUAUUAGCUCUCUAAUGAUAACUCACAAGAUAUCAACAGCUUUCUAAAUCAAAUUCAAAGCAAGGAUGUCUAAGGUUAGGACAUGAGGAAAAACUACUUACUCUAGACAAGUGAAACCGUCAAGAACCAAAUUCUGAUGAGAGAGCAGCAAAAGAGUUUUGAGAGACAAAAUGUAUCAAUGGAAUAACUUGUCCAAAAAGAGUACGCAACAAAUCUGAACUAAAGCAUGAUAGACUCAAUCAAUGAGAAGAAGCGCAGAUAAGAUCAAUAUCGUGAAAUGCUAGAUAAUCAGAUCAAGGUAACAAACCAGAUGAUAAGCAGUUACGGUAAUAUGACAAACCAAGAAAAGAAGCUAAACAGAGCUGAUCUCUUAGCCUACAAAUCCUAUGACAAUAAUUAGUACAGUCUUAUCCCAGGAAUUCAAAACAAAACACUGUAAAAGAAAACUAAUGGCUACAUCCAAAAUAAUACUUCAGUUGAUUCCCCUUAAAAGAGAUAGCUAGGAAACCUUAACUAAACGAUUGAAAAUGUUUACAUGGCUUAGGGAAGUCCUGUCAUUAACUAUGAUAAACCAUAGAGCCAAAAUAACGAUGCUAGAUCUCACUCAAGAAACAGAAGUUUGAGAUAAAGCGUGGGAGAUUUCAGGCCUUAUGAAUAGAAUAAUCUGGCAGGCAACUUCAGUACUAUAAUGAAUGUAAAUCAGAGCAUUGCAAACUUCGAUAGAUAGAUGAACAAAGAGAGAGCCCAUGCAUUGAGAUACGCAGCCACAAACAUCCUAAAUUGA